AUGCGGAGUCCGUUACCUUCGACUGUCCUUAUAAACGGUACCACCACUCGGUCUGUCUCUCAGGUCACCUCCCACUCAGCCUCAACGCUCGUCCUUAUGGCUCAAUACGCUGCUGACAGCACCGACGACGAUUCUGAUAUUCUAGAUGACGGAUUGCUGUCUAACGCGAUAGACGAAAGCAGUCCGUUUAAUCUUGAUGAUGUCCCUUCGGCUGUGGAAUCCGACGAUCCUGUACCGCAGGAAGAGGUGUUUCACAGCAUGUUUAUUGCCCGCGAAGGCCAGGAGACAACCGGCCGUACUUGGGAACAGACUCCUGUUUGUACCUUACCUCUGUCAGCCUUCGAGAAAGUCUUUCGCAAGAAGGACAAGGCAACUGCAGCAAAUUUAUUACUGCGUCGCACUAAUCUCCGCGUUGAUCCUCAUCUCACAUUUGCCCCCGAUCACCCCAGUUUGUUGUGGGACGCGUCGAAACAUUUCCUUGACUUUGUCCUUGUCGUAUCAGGUGCAAUUGGCUUGCAUGCAUUCCUCCCGAACACUAUUUCCGACCACACCUUUUCCGUCUCUCUGGAUUUCCGCCUCAAUAACAAACAGUUCAAACCCAAGUUUGGAAAGCUCGGUUUUGACCCUACAGGCUCGAUGAUGGCAAUCGGGACCGGCGUUUCUUGCGAGCUGUGGUUGGGAUUUUGUCCCUUGACACACAUCGAGGAUAUUUCUCUUGCAGACGAGGCUCCUUUGCUAAACGAAAAGAAACACGGCGAGACCCGUCUGUCAUCCCGUCAUUAUCGCAUGGCUGUGAUGUUUAUUGCCUCGGCAUUGGCACAAAUAUCAUCCCUACCUAUCCAUAUCAUGCAUACAUACGGAACCGACGAGGAUUUUACGCAGUGGAGAGUCAAGGAGGUCACGAACCUGUACGAUCAGCCGACCAUCAACCUCCGUUUGGAGGACUUGAAGGCCCUCCACAGAUACAUCGUAUCAGAUUGGGAUGAAUGGGUUCACAAAGCGCCAGCAUCUUGGAAGGAUGACGGUUGGCUCCAAUCCCGUGCACCUUUAUCCAUAGCGUGCAGGUAUGGGCAAAACCAAGCAAUCGCGAGCUUGGACCCGGCUGCUCGAGGCGUCGAAGAGGCAAACUGGCAAGCGGAGCGCGAAUAUUCCGACAUUCGCUAUAUGUCCAUGGCUAUUGCCACGGAUCUCACGUGCGUACCGUUCGUCCUUUACCGUGACCCGCUCUCUGAUGUGAUAACUACCGCCAUUGUCACCAGUUGUAAACCAGUGUCUCGGUGGGUGCAAAUACCUGAGGAUGAGUUGUUGGGAGCCCACGACAUCAUAUACGAUUCCCCAAACUCAUCCUUCCGGCAGCCAGUGAAUUUGGAGGACUUCCCCGCCCGAGAUCCUGACACAAAGAAAGAAAAUAACAUCUACGACGAAGAUGGUCGUCGAAUUCCCCGCUUUGAUGGUCUCUGCAGCCAUAACGUGAAAUCUUGCGGUGUUCUCAUCAACCUCGAGACUAUCGCAGAGUUGUUUUCUGCAAUGAUUACCGAUGAUGACAUGGCCAUCGAUCCUGAUAUCAUCAUGGACGACGACAAUCUCCAUAUUCCUCGCGUCAAUGUCUAUCCUCAAGCUUUCCUGAGGAAGUAUGGUCAUAUCCAAUGCAACGCAGUUUUACCCCAUUUCGCUCCAUUCAUAUCAAAAAUUCGUAAAGCCGUUUCUCGCGACACAGUUGGUCGAGAUGAAUUUGAUGACCACGCUUUGGACGACGACCUUGACUAUUUGAACAAUUUUCCGAAUGGGCUCAUGCCACCUGUACUCUUGGCUAGCGGUUGCCAGUUCUACAAUGAGAUCUCGCAUCGCAUCAGGCCGUCCGCCGCCUUACACGAUGUUCAGCAAGGUCGCAUCACUUCUGCCCUCUCGGGUGCUUAUGCCACUACACGCAACGCUCAGACCGCGCAUAAGAUGGUUCUUAGAGAGUGUAGUCUGCUCUUGCCUCACCAACGUUACGAUAACAAAAUCGAUGUAAAUGACGUUCCCCGCGCGCUGCGUCUGGAGAACAUAUAUAUCUUCCAGUUAGACUCCUUGAAGUUGGCGAAGCGGAAUGGAUUAUCAAUAUAUCGAGACAUGGUUGUGCCCUUGGCGAGUUACUGGUCGCAUCCCACCAUCUUCGAGGCCAUUCGCCCACACCUGUUUGUGUUGACCGCUGAAGCAUUUCCCCAUGUUUAUCAAUGGACCACCUAUCCAAUCACGUCCCUGCUCGAACGUAUAUGGGAACAUUUCCUGCCCGUCCUCACCAAAGGUGGUAAACCUGCCCCUCAAGUCGUUGAAUUAUGCUCCGUCCUCGAACGCGCGUUGGCGUAUGCUCAUACUGGAAACUCAAAAGUAAUCGCUACAAGUCUCAUGAGGCCUUUGUGGUUGGUAAAGAGUCUCUUGGAACAAGGUCUUCCGACCUUUGCCCCCUCAGUGCGAUUUUCCCACACUCCCUGCGUUCCCGUCGCCAUCAGUCCUUCAGAGUGGCCCACCCUCACCAACAUGAAUGUCCCGGCCAUCGCAUCCAAGCGCUCGCAAAUAUUGACGUAUGGGAAUGAUCAUUUUGAGGCAUGCAUCGCAUAUAAGGCAGAGUUUCAUAUACAGCUCUCGGUCAAUCAGCUGGCACCCAAUACCUUCAAGUCAUACACUAGCAAUGUCCGUCAUGCAGCCAUCAUCGCAGUGGUCGCCCUUCAAGUGUACAUAGCUGAUGUCAAGACACUUGUUGCGGGGGCUGUCACCACUGCAUGCAAUGCCAUGGAGGCAGAAGAUGCCAUCGAUGGGGAACUCCAUGCAUCGCAGCGGCGCAGAGGACUUCGCAAAUGGCUUGCGACCGCUCAUCCUCUUGGUUAUGUUGAUAAGGCAUACGAACAUUUAGUGUCCUGCGUGCUUCCCAAAUCCACUGCCCACCACGAGGGAUUGCCAAAUCCAACCAAGGACAAACUCUCCAUCCAAGACUUCGCUCGCCUCAUUUGUGAGAUGUCUCGAGGGACCGACCCUGUCGCCAUCGCCGCUCCUCUCAUCUUCAAUGGGGGUUCAACUCCUGUCUUUCGCGUCGCUCUAACAUAUAUGCGCAAAUAUGCCCCGCAGGAUUCUACACGGUCUUCGGAGAGGUUCUUGCAGGAAGCAUUCAUCAUCGCCGCCAAUCAUCUUCAUAUCAACAAUAUCCCCUGGCAUGGUGCAGCAGGACUGCGUGGCAGACGGCGUCGGAAGCCUGUCUUUGAUUCCUGGGUCAAUCUAGGGAAGGCCAUUGACUCACAAGCUAUUGAGCGUCGUCAUACCCAGUUGAGCAAUGCUGCGGCCGAUGCAUCUCGACGCGCCCAGGUCGCAGAUACCAGGGCAGCUUGGUCUGCUGAGUUGAUCACCUUGCAGUCAUUGGCCGAUUACAUCCUUCGCUCUCGUCUCCCUGACGAAUUCGCGAUUGAGAGCAUCGAGCUCGCAAGAGGCCCGACAGCUGGCAGCGAGCCUAGCGUGAGUAUGAUCUAUGAGUGGGUUUUUGCAAACUUCGACAUCAAUAAACCUCUGCAUCAGAUCGCACUCAUCGCCGGUAUCUAUGUCAGCCGGAUUCUUCCUGAUUUAUUCUUCGCCGACAGCGAUAAACCACAAGGGAAUGUGACCAAUCCUGUCAUGCUCACAAAGGCAAUACGCGCUCUCCCAUGGAAGCCACACCGCCGCGGUCGCAAAGGGUGCAAACUGCCAAGCCAGUUCAUCGCCAUGGUGCCCGCCUAUAUCAUCGCAGUGUACGCCCCAACAAGCCCCUUGCGCAUUCAUUUGAAAAGUGGUAAUAGCUUCCCCACCAUCUGGAAUUCGAAGAACAUUGCGAAAGGGAUCGGGCCACUCCUUCUUGUGCGACUAGGCCUCGCAAGUGCCCUAUCGCACAGAAUUUGGAAAGGUGGGCCGCCUUUGGUGCAUUGGACGUUGCUCUCUCCAGAGGAUAUAGCCGUCAAACAUCGGGAGAUCAGUGCGUGUUUGGCUGAUCGCCAGUACGGUCCCUUCCGCAUCGCAGUUAUGUUGUUUGGCAUUGAUAAAGCUGUCAACCUUGGGCGCACGUCUCAGACAUACACCAUCAAUCCCGCUAUUGCGUCCAUCAGGGCCAAAAAGCACACGUUGAAGGUCGAUUCUGACGACGACGAGGUUCAGAUUGUGUAG